CUCUCAACUUCUCGCACCCACUACUGCGACCUCUGCGUGCGUAUUUAUACCGCCCCCAUGCACCCUUCUCAAGUCGUUCGUCGACUGAGCUUUGGUCUGCCUAAAGAUGAUACGACCAACGAAUUUUCAGUGUAUCUAGACGAAUCCACUCCGUACAGGAUGUCGGAGAAUACAAAUACCGAUUCUCCAAGCACCGAUGAAGAAUGUCCUAGCCUCACCAACUCGUCUUUUAUCUUUGAAGACUCAUCAGUCCAUAGGCCCCCCAUCAUAAAUCCCCCUGUCAGUCGUUCUCCUCAUCAACCACCCAAAUUUAAUUUCAAUAAUCGAUUCCCGCUCCUCCCAAUUGAUUCAAACUCGAGCAACAACUUUAAAACUUCCAUUGAAUUCAACUCGAAACUGUCGGUGCCUCACAGCAAAUGCAUAAAAAUGCUCACACGACAACUUCUAGGGUCCUGUUUGAUAGCUAAUCAAACCGAAUCGUUCGAAACGCCGCUCAGAAGCGAUCCAGUGGCUCACGUCAUCAUUCCUCCUCCUCCGUCUGUUACCCCAACCAAACAAACACAUAGCGACUCACAACCGGUUCAUAAUGCCUCCCCUCCAAAACAACGCGCCUUAAACCCUCAACGUAGUCCACAAUCUAAUGUAACCAAUGACGAAAAAUGGCAAGCGCUUCUCCGCCGACGAGAAUUGCGCAUCCGAUCUUCACACCUUCCACCAUCUUCUCGUGUCAAAAAUCAUCAACCAGCACCCACUUCUCUCCAUUCACUCAUACCUCCCACCCAUUCUACCAAACCACUUAAAAAGGCUAUUAGUUCACAUGUCAUGCCUUCAUUACCUCUAUCGCGCACAAAACCGUUGUCUACUCCUUCUUUAUCUAUCAAACGUCAAUCAUCUUGUACCAAAUUCCCUUCUCGCUCUAAGACAGCCCUGCCAAAGCCCGCCUUUUCCCAUCUCGAAAACCUUCUCCUCCGCGUCCAACUCCUCCAAUGGAAUUUCCUCUGCCAUUCCCUUCGUGAAUCUCUCUCUUCCAAGCAACUUGCCGCCGAACACAUGAUUUCUUCUGUUUGGUACAAAACUAAACAGCUCCACCUUCAACUCCGCGAACAAACAUCUCAACUAAAACGUGCGCAAGCGCUCCGAUUACAAGUCCAUCUCAAUCUCUUCAAGUCAAACUGCAUCGCCCCUUUCGCCGCUCAACUUUGCUCUUUUUUCCAAAAAUUCCAGUCAAUGUCCCAUCUUGUCACCAAAAACAUGCAUUCGCUUCCCCUUGUCAACAUAGCCCCCUCUAAUGCCCUAGAGCUUCUCGCCUCCAUCCAACAAGCCGCCCGACUCCUGUCCACCAUAGAAACUCACUCACAUCAACAAGCCAAGUGGAAUCUCAUCUCCGAUCGCAUCAAUUCUCUCUGCAAUCUGUUCUUGGAAGAAGUACAACUCCUCACUCACUACUUCCAACUUCUUCAAUCACUUCGCGUUAAAAACACCCAUCUCCGAUCACUUCUCAUUCAUAAGGCCCAACUCACUCAAAAUUUUGUACCUUCUCCAACAUAACAAAUCAUCCCCCUCCCUCUAAAAACUGAUUUCCGCCUCUCUCUGCCUCCUCGCGAAAUUAUUUUCACCCGAACUUCCAAUGCCUCUCGCGCUAGCGUGGAUCCUGCGCUUCGGCAUCCAAGCUUUCUCGCCUCUCUCACGAGAGAAGAGAACAUUUUUAGGUGCAAUAAUCCGGUGUCUAGAGAACAGCCAGGUAAUCAUAGUGGAAUAUCUCCGUACGAAAAUGAGCGCGAUCGAAUUAGCAAUGAAUUUCGACCCGCAGCUACAACAGAGUCAAUGGAUGGUGGCCGUCAAGGGUUGGCAGACGUGCCAGUCGCUUAUGCCUACAAUAAUUCUUUAAAUUACGUUCAGUCGACAAAAAAUAAUCAAAUUUCUUACUCUCCUAGACCUAAAAGACCAAGAGUAGACCAUUCAAAGACUAAAUUAGGAGGAGUAUUUUCAGAAUGUUCCAAAAUCGUUACAACCUUGCUUAAUCAUCGAUAUGCGCAUCCAUUCGCGCAGCCAGUCAAUCCCAUGGUAUUGGGGAUACCUGAUUAUCCAACAUUGAUAAGAAAACCUAUGGAUUUGAGCACUAUUCAGAAAAAACUGCAAGACGGAGAAUAUGCCGAUAUCGACGAGUUCGCCGAAGACGUGGACUUGAUCUGGGACAACU